CCAGGAGCCCCAGUCAGUUGCUCUCAACUCCUCAGCCAGCUACCUACCUCCAGCAGCUUAUGGAACACCGUCCAGCUCCGUUCUGCUAAGAUGCUUUUGGCCUCUCCCUCCACCCCAUCCAGGGGGCGCACCCCCAGCGCCGUGGAGAGGCUGGAGGCGGACAAAGCCAAGUACGUCAAGACGCAUCAGUUGAUAGCAAAGCGCCAGGAGCCAGCCCUGCGUGGGGCGUGUGGGCCGCUCACCCCGCACCCCUGCAAUGAGCUGGGCCCCCCUGCAUCACCCAGGACACCCAGAUCUGCCCGCCGGGGUAGCGGUAGACGGCAGCCAAGACCUGAUUCCCUCAUCUUCUAUCGUCAGAAGCGAGACUGCAAGGCCACCUUGAACAAGGAGAAUGCCAAGGGCCAGGGGCUGGUACGACGCCUUUUCCUGGGCUCCCCUCGGGACGCCACCUCCAGCAGCCCAGGCCCAGCCGAGCGACCUGGGGUUUGGACCGCAUCCCCAGAUGUCCCAGAAGCAACCGGAAAGCGGGCACUGUGCCCCACUUGCUCGCUGCCGCUGUCAGAGAAGGAGCGUUUCUUCAACUACUGUGGCCUCGAACGCGCUCUGGUGGAGGUGCUGGGCGCUGAGCGCUUCUCCCCACAAAGCUGGGGCGCCGACUCCAGUCCUCCGUCUGGAACGUCGCCGCCGCCCGGAUCCCGGGACACCAGCGACUGGACUUCCAGUGACAGCGGCGCAGAGGGCCCAGACUGUGCAGGCGGCGACGAAGCGGAGGCGGCGGGCUCGGCGCGCGACGGGCGCCCCCAAGUGUCAGUGGUGGAGCGCAACGCGCGCGUCAUCCAGUGGCUGUACGGCUGUCAGCGCGCGCGAGGCCCGCCACGCGAGUCGGAGGUGUGA